UUGAUUUGAAGCAAACCGAAGAAAUAUCAACUCUGUCUUUGGUUUUGCAGAUAUUAUUCUUUCUUCUGGCCGUGGGCUGCUGAAAAAUAAAAUUUGGGAAAAAAGCAACAGCCAAGUAUCCCGCCGACUCAUAGCAGCCCAGCCAGCUUCCGGCUGCCGGUGGUUCAACUCAAACUCCAAACUCCUCAGCUCGGUUACGCUAGAAAGAGACGUAGGUAAACCUUCUACUGCAUCUGGGGUCCUGUUGAUGAUGACAAACUCCUUGGAAGAGUUAGGGAAGCAUCCAACCUCAGUGCAUUAUGUUAGAGAAGACAGUGAGUAUGUUAGGCUGGUUGUAUCCAAUGAAACAAGGGCGGCAGAAGCUGAUAUCUUGCAGCCUCAAUCAGAGACAAGGGUUAAAUCUUUCUUGUGGUGGAUUAGAGCCUUAGCUUGGUGCCUUGUUAUCAUUAUAUUGCUCCUCAUUUUCUUAAAAUGGGGGAUGCCGUUUCUUUUUGAAAAGGUUCUCUUACCAAUAAUGCAAUGGGAAGCUACUGCAUUUGGCCGUCCAGUUCUUGCCCUUGUUCUCGUUGCUUCACUCGCUUUGUUCCCUGUGGUCCUAAUACCUUCUGGCCCUUCCAUGUGGCUGGCUGGAAUGAUAUUUGGUUAUGGCUUAGGGUUUGUUAUCAUCAUGGUCGGAACAACUAUUGGGAUGGUCCUGCCAUAUCUAAUUGGUCUGUUUUUCCGUGAUCGCAUACAUCAAUGGUUAAAUAGAUGGCCCCGAAAUGCUGCAAUGAUUAGACUUGCCGGGGAAGGGAGUUGGUUCCAUCAAUUUCGAGUGGUUGCUCUCUUUAGGGUUUCACCCUUUCCGUACACAAUUUUUAACUAUGCAAUCGUUGUUACCAGUAUGACAUUUUGGCCCUACUUAUGUGGAUCAGUUGCUGGAAUGGUGCCAGAGGCUUUCAUUUACAUCUACAGUGGUCGCUUAAUAAGGACAUUUGCAAAUGUUAAGUAUGGGAACUAUCACUUGACUAAAGUGGAGAUUGUAUACAACGUUAUAUCCUUAAUUGUUGCAGUUAUAACCACAGUUGCUUUUACUGUUUAUGCAAAAAAUGCUUUAAAUAAGCUUAAAAGGGCAGAAACUAGUGGAGGAGCGGAAGCAUCAGCCUUGGACCAUGGCAGUUUAGAGAUGGAGAAGCUUCCCCUUGAAAAACCCAAGCAUAUAAGAACAUGGUAGGCUGAAUACACUCAUGGAAAUUUGAUUGCAGAUAAUUGGAUUGGUUAGUGAUUUUAUGUCUUAGUUGUCCCUUUUGGGGAAGAAAGGGGAGGGGUAGUUUUUGUAACUAUGUAAACUAGGCAAACAAAAGAAAACAGAAGACUAAUAAUAUUUUUGUAAAAUGUAGAAUUUUUUAUGAACUACUGUGUUCAUACCUGGUUGCUAUAGGGAUGUUACAUAUUUUAUGUGCCUGGUGCCUGGUUUCUGUGCUGCUAAUGCAAUAACGAUGUACUUGUCUCGUUUGAGUAUUUUCUCAACUAGCUGCUGGACUAGAGAUUUGGAUUUUUA